CACACACCAGCUGCUGCCCUCUCCUUUUGUUUACUCCUUCUGCAGAACUAAGGUUACCAUGCCAUUAAACUUCACAUCAACAGAAAACACAUCUAAAGCAGAUAUGAGUUAUAGGAAUUCUGCAUUGUAUCCUGUUGCCUAGCAACCGCCACUUUGCCUCUCACCUGAGCGGAGGCCUGAAUCUGCCUUGUGAUUGUCAGGUGUGUGUGAAAAGACAGGUGUUCUGUAAACAUUCAAGCAUGCACCUGGUUAGUAACUUGCACAAGAGCUGUGGAGCAGGAAGUAUGACAUCAUCACUCUACUGGUGCAUUUAAUGCUUCAACUCCGUGUCAUUGUUUGAAACUGAGGUAAAAACAAAAUGUUCAGACAAUCAGAGCAAAACAGAAGGCGUGUGAAUGCCCAGACUUCUGCCCGCAUAAGAGGAGUUGAGGUUGCUAGGGGAAGAACAGGUUAUGGCUUCACAGUUUCUGGGCAUUCUCCAUGUGUGCUGAGUUGCGUCUUGAAGGGCAGUCCAGCUGACUAUGUGGGCCUUCAUUCUGGAGAUCAGAUCCUGAGUGUGAACGACAUAAAUGUAUGUAAAGCGUCUCAUGAGGAUGUGGUCAAACUUAUUGGCCGCUGCACAGGUGUCUUACAUUUGGUCAUCGCUGAAAGCAAUCAUAACCUAGAUUCAUGUUCGAGCGAUGAAGAACUGGGCAUCCAUGAUCACAAGAGCCACUGGAUAAGGCCAAAGAUGGACUCAAAGACAAUGGGAAUAAACCGCGCAGAACGUGUUGUUGCGGAAAUGCAGUCUGGUGGAAUCUUUAACAUGAUCUUUGAAAAUUCCAGCCACUCAUCCAGCAGCUCAGAAAAAGCAGUGGCUUGUGCAUCUGCCUCUAAAACAAGGGCCCUCUCAGAGCCUGACCUCCCUUUUGGUAACGUUAGCAUCCGGAGGAGUGAUCCCAACUUGCUUACUGAAGAAGAGAUGUCCAAAGUGCUCAAUGACGACUCUGUGUUUGUGGAUAUGUUUGAACAGCAAGAUGAACUUGCUCUGCUGCAAACAGUCGACUCUGCGGGGAUCCUUAAUGUUGGCAUGAUUGUGGGUUAUCUAGGAUCUAUUGAAUUAGCUUCAACGAGUGCCAAUUUGGAAAGUGACAGUCUGCAGGCAAUUCGUGGGUGUAUGCGACGUUUACGUGCCGAACAAAAGGUCCACUCGUUGGUCCUACUUAAAGUUAUGCAUGACUGUGUACAGCUCUGCAAUGACAGAGGUGCUGUACUAGCAACGUAUCCUGCAGAAAAGUUAGCAUUCAGUGCUGUCUGCCCAGAUGACCGGCGUUUCUUUGGCCUAGUCACCAUGCAAGCCACAAAUGACCAUGCCGUAUACAGGCGUGGUGAGGAGGAGCAAGGACUGCGAACAUCUUGUCACGUUUUUAUUGUAGACCCAGAACUGUGUCAUCACAAGAUCCAUCAAAGUGUUUCCAGACGCUUUGGCUUUGACUGCACUCCAGACCCGGAUACUGGUGGCUGCUUGGAGUUUCCACCAACUUCUCAGCCACUGUUACAGUUUGUGUCUGUGCUGUACCGGGAUAUGGGAGAAUCUAUAGAGGGUAUGCGGGCUCGGGCUUUCCUUGAUGGUGACCUGGAUGCUCAGCAGAACAAUAGCACAAGCAGCAACAGUGACAGUGGCAUUGGCAACUUCUUGCCAGAGGAGAAGAAUAACCGAGUCCUUUUGGUUGACCUAGGUGCUAACCCUGGUCGCCAUAUGCCCACUGGAUUAUGGGAGAACCCACCAGGACCUCGUAACCAAGGUGUACUAGGAGGUCUUCCACCACACCGCAAUGGCUACCGCCCUGACCAGUUCCUUGACCAUUCUCAGCCCAAUCAGCAUAGCCUUGCAGACCCACCUCAACUUUCUGGCAGGCAUCUGAACUCCUCUUCAAGGCUGGAUGUGUCAGGCCUUCCUUCACGCUCACACUACUCCGCCCAUGGCAAGAAAGUGACAGGGGCUUCAGGCCAACGUUGGCUGCCCGUUCACGUUCUAAGAGACUGGCGUCAGGGACACAGUAGUGAUCAGGAGUCUUAUGCAGAGUCUACAGACGGAUGGUCCAGUGCUAACUGUAGCACCCUGCCACCACCCAUGAGUAAGAUACCGGCUGAUAGGUACCGUGCUGCAGGCGAGAUUGCAGCUGCGCAGCCUCACCGGCUUCAAGCACAGAAAGAUGAGUGGGCUAAAAAACUGUUUGGAGAGAAGAACCUACGGCAGCACCAGCAACAACAGAGCAAUGGCAGAAGAAGUAAAGAUUCAGAGAAAAAGGGUGGAAGGUUCAAGGGCAUCACUAUGGGCUUUCCUCAGCGUUCCUCUGGUAGACGAUCAUUUGGGCGUUCCAAGCGUAUGAGUAUGGCUCGCUCACUCGAUGACCUUGAGUCUGCGGCUGUCUCCGAUGGUGAGCUGAACAGUGUGGACCUGAAAGGCUGUGGUAGUGAUAAUAGUCUGAACAGCAAUGCCAGUCUACCCAGCGUACAGUGCCAUAGACGCCACAGCGAACGCCGGGUUGCAUCGUGGGCCGUCUGUUUCGAGCGCCUGCUGCAGGAUCCUGUCGGUGUGCGAUAUUUCUCGGAGUUUCUAAAAAAGGAGUUCAGCGAGGAGAACAUUUUGUUUUGGCAAGCAUGCGAAUUUUUCAGCCAUGUGCCUGAAACCGACAAGAAACAGCUUUCCCAGAGGGCCAGGGAUAUCUACAACAGCUUUCUGUCGAGUAAGGCCACCACACCCGUCAACAUCGAUAGUCAGGCUCAACUGGCUGAUGACAUCCUCAACGCUCCAAGGCCAGACAUGUUUAAAGAGCAACAGCUACAGAUCUUCAACCUGAUGAAAUUUGAUAGUUACACUCGCUUCCUAAAGUCCUACCUGUAUCAGGAAUGUAUGCUGGCGGAGGUGGAGGGUCGCCCUCUUCCGGAUCCUUAUCACGUCCCCAGCAGCCCAACGUCCAAACACAGCACGAGCUCUGACCGAUCCAACCUCUCUACACCGAAAAAGGUGCAGGAUGACAAGAAGGGCAAACCGGGCAAAUUGCUGCAUGAAGACAGCAAAGAUGAACAGGGUGAUAAAAAGAAAAGCAUUUUCUUUUCCUGGUCCAGAAAUAGAAGUUUUGGGAAAGGUGCUAAGAAGAGGGACCUCGGAGACUACAGCUAUACAGGUAGUAACGGCCGAAGGGAAUCACAAGGCUCUUUGUCGUCCGGUGCGAGUUUGGAACUCGCCACUUCUGGUUCUGGAAAAAACGAGGGUGAGAUGCAGCGUAAUUCCGUGUUGUUGUCCGAGCGCUCAACGCGUCACUGUAAUAUUAACCUUCCAGACGGCUCUUGCUGCUCGGUGCCCAUUCGACCCGGUGUCUCCAUCAGAGAGCUACUGUUAGGAUUAUGCGAGAAGCUCAACAUCAAUCUGGCCGCUGUGGAUCUCUUCUUAGUUGGUGGAGAAAAGCCUUUAGUAUUGGAUCAGGACUGCAUGACCCUGUGCUCCAGAGACCUGCGGCUGGAGAGACGUACGCUAUUCCGUUUGGAUCUGGUGCCCAUAAAUCGUUCUGUGGGGCUGAAGGCAAAACCCACUAAGCCAGUCACAGAAGUGCUGAGGCCAGUGGUGGCCAAAUACGGCUUGAACUUAGCAGAGCUGGUGGCCAGAAUAAGUGGAGAGAAAGAGCCUCUGGAUCUUGGGCUUCCUAUAUCUAAUCUGGAUGGACUGAGAGUGGUUCUGGAAGCAGCCGACCAAAUUCCUGGAAAAGAUAAACAAAAGCUGGUCUCAUCUAAAAGUCACGGUCCACCUCUGUCUACACGAAGCCAGUCAGCCACAGGGGAGGACAAACCGGCAGGAAAGGCUUCGUCUGUGAAAACCAGGGCCCAGGUGGAAAAACGAAAACAGAAAAAGCUUAAUAUAGAUGAAGCUGAAGAGUUCUUCGAGCUCAUAUCCAAAGCACAGAGCAACAGAGCUGACGACCAGCGGGGUUUGCUGAACAAAUCGGACCUUGUCCUUCCUGAAUUCCUGCGCCUUGACACGGAAGCAGACAUCAGCAACGACAACCUCAACUCAACCCCCAUCUCUUACAAGACUCGGCCCAGAUCCAAGGAGAACGGCUCCGCCCUAAGUGCCAGCCACCAAUCGCAGAGCUUGGAUUCAGCAGUGGACACGAAAGCGCCUAGACGAGCCCUAAUGCCUCCUAAUAGAGCCCCCGGAAACACUGCCACUCGAAAUCAACCGCCGUUUAGUUCAUCGCUCUCCCCGAUCCCUCACGUGCAAAAAGGGGGCUCGUCCGGGAUAACAGACUGGAGGAGCGAAGGGGGGGGCCAGGUGCUGGAGGAAGAAGAGAGCAGCGCGGACCUGACAUUUGUUGCCGAAGGCGACAUCACAAGCCCUAACAGCUCGCUCCUUCCUCAGUCCCCUAUGCCCCUCCCUCCUUCCCCAGACCGACUGCACCUCACGGGGGAGGGCUCUUACCAGGACGGCUGGGCUCGAUCAGGUACCUCUCCUGUGUGACAAACUACGCUAGCAUGUGUUAUCCUCAUCCAAGGAUUUCUCUGUGUGAUUUCUGAGUGCUGUGGAUUUGCUGUGCCCCCUCUCAAAACGUCCACCUUUCCAUGUACAUUCAAUACCCUUUAAGCACUUUAAUGAACUUUGGAAAAAGACUUUGCAUUUUACUUCCCUGAAAGUAUUUUUAAAUAGUAUUUGACAAUCAUUAACUUCCACUUCCACUGUUUAUCCUGACACAAACAAAGGAUUUAUUAUAGCCAGUCUGACUGAUUUGAGGUCAGUAGUGAAACGAAGCAAACUUACUCUUCUGCAUAUCUCUGGCUGAUCACACGACAGCGCGAACAGACUGCCAAAACCAAGACUAACUGAACUAAACAUGUGAUAACUUUGCUUCGACACUAAAUAUAAAUGAUAUACCAGACGGAGUGUUUGAUAUGGCAAACACCCUCGCUUAGGCAUGAAGAUAUUUAUCUGUUAAAAUGUUUAAUGAUAUGAACACACACACACACAAAUAAAAGAUAAACAAGCACAAUCAGGUUUAGUAUGACCAGGGGUCUUGUCGUACCUCUGGUGGUGACCAGUAGUGUGCCUUCCAUGAACCUCUCUCCAGUAGAUAUUUCUAAGUAUUGACAAAGAGUCGUAACUCGUAAAUAACUUCUUAUGACCUCAAUGUUAAAUUCAGACCUCAGAACUUGUUUUCUUUUUCUAUUGUAUAAAUGCAAUUCAACAAUGUAUAGCUUCGCAGAUUACAAGCUAUAGUAUCAUUACGUUAUCGUGUAAUAUAAUCCUCAGAAAGGAUUAAUUUAAGCUUCAGUAUAUCUUCAGUACUAAAUGUGUAUAUAGUUUGUUUUACAGUUGUGUGGUUUAUUGCUGUUCAGUUGCGAGCAUUGUUGAAUUGCCUUUCAUUCUGUUUCUUCUGAUAUCAUAUUCAGUUUUCUGUAGCAGUCUUGGGUAGACGACCAAUAUGUCUGCUCAGAUUGAUAUUUCUGCAAACUUGUAAAUAGAGAUUAAUAAAUGUUAGAGGUGAGACCUCUCACCCCCUCCUCUUA